AUGUCCCGCCUGGACUGGGCCCGUAACGCGGCGGGGCUGCGCCAGGCCGCUUACUGGAAGGGCACGCUCCACCCCCGCCCCACGGUGGACUGGUACCUGGACCGCGUGAGCCACGCAGCGGAGGCGGCGCUGCGCGCGCUGGGCGGCGAGGCGCCGCUCACCCUGCUGGCGCACUCCGCCGGCGGCUGGCUGGGGCGCGUGUACUUGGGCGCGCGCCCGCCCGCAGCGCAUCGCGUGGACGCGUAUGUGAGCCUGGGCUCGCCCCAGGCCCCGCCCCCGGACGGCACCUUUGACCAGACCCGGGGUAUCCUGCGCGCCGUGGAGGAGGCCUACCCUGGCGCCCACGAGCCUGGCGUCGCCUACACCACGGUGCUGGACCACUGGGUCGGCGGCGUCUGGGGCUGGCGCGGCGAGGGGGCGGGAGAGGCGUGA